AUGAAUAAUAAUGUUGGGAAAAAAAGUUUGGGGGAACAAAAUCGGGAAGUUAAUGAAGGGAUAGGUUCUGAAUCGUCGACUGGAAAUGACACGAGAUUUAGUAAGGUAAUGAAAGAUGGAAACGAUGGGGUGAAGGGAUCGACUCAAAUCCAUGAGAGGUUUCAGGUUUCGCCGCAACCAUUACCCCGAGCUCCGGUUACUUACUGGGAAAGGUUUCUGCCUGUUACAUCGAUAAAAGUUCUGUUGGUGGACGAUGAUGAUUCCACACGCAAUGUUGUGUGUGCUCUGUUAAAGAAUUGUGGUUAUGAAGUCACUGCUGUUUCGAAUGGUCUUCAAGCGUGGAAAGUUCUAGAAGAUCCAGGAAAUCGAACUGAUCUUGUUCUAACGGAGGUAGCUAUGCCUUUUGUAUCUGGAAUAGGUCUUUUGUGCAAGAUCAUGAGCCACAUAGCUCUGAAGAAUAUUCCUGUGAUUAUGAUGUCAUCUCAUGAUUCUAUGGGUAUUGUCUUUAAGUGUUUGUCAAAAGGAGCAGCUGAUUUUUUAGUGAAACCUAUUCGGAGGAAUGAACUUAAAAACCUCUGGCAACAUGUUUGGAGAAGAUGCCAUAGUUCUAGUGAUAGUGGGAGUGAAAGUGGGACAAACACCCGAAAAUUUGCAAAGUCAAGAAGCAUUUGUGCAUAUGACAACAAUAGUGGUAGCAGUGAUGAAAAUGAUUAUGGAAGCAGAGGCUUGAGUGUUCGAGAUGGAAGUGACAAAGGAAGUGGAACUCAGAGUUCAUGGACUACAAAUCUAGCUCAAAUUAGUAGCAGCCCUUGUCCAGUUUCACCUCAUAAACGAUCUCAUGAUACUCCUGAUAGCACGUGUGCCCAAGUGGUGCUUCCAAAGCCUGAAAACUUUAGUAGUAAGUGGGACCAGGCCACAGAAAAAGAGUGCCAUAAACCAAUUGAUCAUCCUGAUGAUAUUGCAAUGGGUAAAGAUUUAGCUAUGGGAAUAUCUUUGAACAUGCAAGAAAAGCUUCCACAUGUAGAACUAUCUAACAAUCCAAUUUGUAAAGGAGUUAAUAAGUUGUCUGAUAUAGAUGCUAUGCAGCUCAAUAAAGGACAUAGUAGUGUCUGUGAACAACCUAAAGAGGACAGUGAUAAAACCAGGAUGCAGGAAAAUCAGGCUAUGAAUGUUGGCGUUACUGAUAGCAGCAGUCCACAGGCUGAAAACAGAGAUUUGAACACUUCUAAUGGUUUUUCUGGUUUUGCAAAAACAAAAACAAGUUGUUGCUUCAAACAGCACCCAUCACUUGAACUAACAUUGAAAAGGAUGGGAGAAGUAAAAGAUGCUGAACAUGUCACAGGUGAUGAAUGUAAUGUUUUGAGACAUUCAGAUCUGUCGGCAUUCUCCAAAUAUAAUACAGCUUCCGCUUCCCAGGCUCAGACUGGAAAUGUAGAAAGCUGUUCCCCACUAGACAAUAGUUCAGUUGCACCAAAUACAGAGACAAUACAGAACUUCACAUGUCACUCAAAUGCCACUCUUCCAAAUCAACAGUCUAAUGGGAGCAACAACAUCAACGACCUGACUUCCACUAAUACAUAUCUUAGUACCAAACCUGAAAAUUUUGACAAGAAACCCGAGUCUUCUAGAGGGAUUGGCUCUUUUUCUUCUGAACUUCAAAUUGUGCAAAGUAAUAGUGCCACUACAUCUCAGAAGAAGACUUCUGCCCAGGAAGAAUGUGCCGGAAGCGGUAAAGGACAGGCAGGAGUCUUUGAACAAGGGCUCCAAGUCGAGCAUGCUCGGCAUCAACUUCAACAUUGUAACCGCAUCUUCCAUAAGGAGGCAGUAGAUCUCCAAUCAGUUCAUGAUCUCUUAGUUGAAAGCACAACCAAAGAUGAUCAGCAAUGUAUGUCAAAUGCGUUUGGAGAGCCAGCAGAAAGCAAUGGCACAGCUACGAACUAUGGUUUGGAUGGAAAUGCAGCUGAGAGUGAUCAUGGGAGCAAUGGGCAGGAUGGAAGCAACACUUUGACAAUCAGAAUGAUAAAUGUGAGAAAUGGAAAUGUGGAGGCUGGGAGCUUUGGAAUUAGUGGCAUUGAUAAAGUAAACAUUGGAAAUGGGUCUUAUGAACAACGAUUUGCAUUGAGAGAGGCUGCCUUGUUAAAAUUUCGUCAAAAGAGAAAAGAAAGAUGCUUUGAAAAGAAGGUUAGAUAUCAGAGCCGGAAAAAGUUGGCAGAUCAGCGGCCGCGUGUUAGGGGACAAUUUGUUAAACAAACAGUGUAUGGUACCAAUGAAGAAAAUAGAGAAAGUGAGGAACUUGUAUCGCCGGAUAAUUCUAACGAUGAUCCCAAACAACACCAAUCAAAUUGCUGA